AGUGUGUACAUAAGCACAUCUUAUCAUCGAAUGCUCACAGCACCAUGUUUCGUGUAGGGUUGCAAGUGGCCUCCAGAUCUUUCUCGUCCGCGGCACCUGCUAAGAAGCUCAAGGUUGUAGGAGUUUUCUACAAAGGAGGAGAGCAUGCUGCCAAAAACCCCAAAUUUAUUGGGAAUGUUGAGAAUUGCCUGGGAAUUCGGCAGUGGCUCGAGGAUCAGGGCCAUGACUACAUUGUGACUGAUGACAAAGAGGGCCCAACUUGUGAGCUGGAGAAACACAUCCCAGACAUGGAUGUGCUAAUCACCACACCAUUCCAUCCCGGCUACAUGACUGCCGAGCGGAUCCAAAAGGCCAAAAACCUCAAGCUAGCACUCACUGCAGGGAUUGGCUCUGACCACAUUGACUUGACGGCUGCCUCCAAGGCUGGCAUCACAGUCGCAGAAGUCACAGGGUCAAAUGUGGUCUCGGUUGCGGAGGACCAGCUCAUGCGUGUCUUGAUCCUUCUGCGCAACUAUCAGAAUGGGUGGACCCAAGUCAACGCUGGCGGCUGGGACGUUGCAGAGAUCGUUUCAAAGGCCUACGAUGUGCAAGGCAAAACCAUUGGCAGUGUGGGAGCUGGAAGAAUUGGGUACCAUUUGCUCAAGCGUCUCAAGGCGUUCGAUUGCAACCUUUUGUAUUACGAUCGGGUGGCCAUGCCCAGUGACAAGGAGAAAGAGACUGGGGCGACGCGCGAGGCCGACUUGGACACAAUGCUGGCCAAGUGUGACGCGGUGGUGAUGAAUGUGCCGCUGACUGAGAAAACCAGGGGAUUCUUCAACAAGGACCGCAUAAGCAAAAUGAAGAGAGGUGCGGUUUUAGUGAACAAUGCGAGAGGAGCCCUCAUGGAUGCCAAUGCGGUGGCGGAAGCGUGUAAAUCUGGACACCUUGGAGGCUACGGUGGCGAUGUUUGGUACCCGCAGCCUCCUCCGAAAGAUCACCCAUGGCGAUCCAUGCCAAACAACGCAAUGACUCCUCACGUCUCUGGAUCGACGCUCGACGCCCAGGCUCGCUACUCGGCCGGCGUCAAGGAGAUGCUCCGCCGCUACUUUGUUAACGAGGAAUUCCCUGCGGAUUAUUACAUUGUCAAAGACGGCAAGAUCGCACCCCAGUACUUAUAAAUUCUCAAGUGAUGCAAAAACAAAUAAUAAUAAUAAUAAUAAUAAUAAGAA